AAAGAACAACAGCCAAUGCAGCUUGUUCAGGCUGCUCCCCUACUGGGCGGCCCAUGAGCCUGUCGAUAUGGUGGUUUGAUGUCGGAUGGAAAAUAAGAACCCCCCACAACAAACAGAGAGGGCUGGAACAGAGAGACUGGAACAGAGAAAGAGAGGGUAGAAAGGGAAGAACCAUCGACAGAUGGACUCUGUUGUGAUUAAAGAUGGCGGCAGUCUUCACUGCAGACUACGAAGGACUAUACUCGAUCCACAGAAAAGCUUUGGGAGUAGUCUGCGAUUCAACACAACAAAACCAAGAGGAACACAGAAAGGAUCAAAUGGAUGGCAAAGACAAACCAUUAUGGCGACGUUCUGCUUUAGCCAAGCCAGCCUGGGUCAGAGGGAUGAGAAGGAUGUUUCCAUUACUGCAGCAUGCUGUGUCAAAUAACCAUGCAAUGGACUCUGCAAUAGAUGGAUAUACUGAAGGAGGAUGUGUAAGGAAGACGAUCAAACUCAAGGAGUUUUUGUGCAGCGGCAUAAGUAGAGAUCUGGAUCUAAUAGUGUUGCAGCGCGGGCUCUACGGGGACGUGGUUUGUGGAUGCUGGGACUAUGAGCAUAAGCGACAAAAGGGACUACUUAGAAGAAGGAGGCAGCUUUACUGAGGAUGCUCCCAGGCCUCCAGUGCCAGGGGAAGAAGGUGAGCUGGUGUGCAGUGAUGGACGCCCGUACUGCAACCCUGGCUUCUCCUCAAAGACAGAGAGCCUUAAAUGUGAGGCGUCUGUGGCUACACCCAGGCGACCCGACUUAGACCUUGGUUAUGAGCCAGAGGGAAGCGCUUCUCCUACACCACCCUACCUAAAGUGGGCCGAAUCUCUUCACUCUCUCCUGGAUGACACAGAUGGCAUCCUUCUGUUUAAGACUUUUCUAGAGCAGGAGGAGUGUGCAGAUAUGUUAGACUUCUGGUUUGCCUGCAGCGGCUUCCGCAAACUUGAAGCAAAUGAGGAGUAUGAGGAGAGGAAAAUUAAACUGGCGAAAGCUAUCUAUCGGAAAUACAUUGUGGACAACAACGGGAUUGUUUCUAAGCAGAUCAAACCAGCUACAAAGUCCUUCAUUAAAGACUGCGUCCUGAAGCUCCAAAUUGAUCCUGCAAUGUUCGACCAGGCUCAGACGGAGAUACAGACUAUGCUUGAGGAAAACACCUAUCCUUUAUUUCUUAAGUCUGACAUAUAUUUGAAAUAUACAAGGACAGGAGGAGAGAGCCCCAAGCUGUAUAGCAAUCAGAGCCCUGUCUCUGGGAAUGGUAAAGGCCUGUGGGGUUAUUUACAACCUUCAGAUGAAAAAACAAAAUUAAGAAGUGAGGACAAGCCAGAGGAGCAGCCCGAGUGCAUCCCCAUGAUGAGCAGCCUGCUCACCCAGAAGCUGCUAACGGAGACGCUACCACCACAUGUUUCCAACAGUCCCAGAUUCCAGGACAGUCCCGAGUACAGACAUGCAACGUGUAUGGAGCCCAUCAACCCACAUCCUGUCACAUAUCUGUUUGAUAGGGCUCCUGCAUCCAGCGCCUUGACUAGUGAGCAGCAGAGUAUGUCCAGUGACACAACAGACACAAUUUCCCUAACCGACGGCAGUGUAGAUGGGGUACCACCCUGCAGAAACCGCAAACAGAAACAUCGGGAGAUGCACGACAGUGCCAAAGCAAAUGGGCGAGUGUCACUACAUCAUAUUCCACGCACAAACCGGAUUCCGAAGGAUAUCCACGUGGAGCCGGAAAGGUUUGCUGCAGAGCUGAUCUGCAGGCUGGAGGGCGUGCUGAGGGAGAGAGAGGCUCAGCAGAAGCUGGAGGAGCGGCUGAGGAGGGUACGACUGGAAGAGGAGGGUGACGAAGUCAUGGCUAGGUUUCCCCCUGGUGCUUAUCCUCAGAACUACAACUCCCGCUAUGCUGACUUCCCCUACAGUGCUCCUUUGAUGGGGGACUCCCAUGAGGAGAACCCCGAGAGCAUCCUCGACGACCACGUCCAGCGGGUGAUGAAGACCCCUGGGUGCCAGUCACCAGGCACAGGUCACUCUCCCAAGUCACGCUCACCAGACGGUUUCCCAGGAGGUCGUGGGAUGGGACUGUGCUCGGGCCAGGCUAAACAUCCAUCCAGGCACGGCACCAAGGGAGAAAGCAGCCACCUGCACCAUCACAAACAUGGUCACCACAUCCACCACGCAGGCGUCGGGAAGUCCAAAGAGCAGGUGGAGGCUGAGGCAGCCGGGCGUGUGCACGGCAGCUUUCCCUGCAACAUGGAUGCAAUUCAUUGGGGAUCAAAGUCACGCAGCUAUGCAGACGGCAUGGGAUCAAACACUACGGAGCAGAUGGGGUAUAGUAGCAAAGGAGGCACACAGUGCAAAAGAGCGACGAAGAAAGGUGAGGAGGUGCGGCCAUAUGACAUGCCUGCACCUGCAGAGGAAAUGGAGAAAAACCAGAAGAUCCUUCUGUGGCUGAUGGAGGGACAGAAAGAAAUGGUUCAACAUAAGAGGAGCCCAUUUGGGAGUACCGCAGGGUCCAAGAGGACCACAGGACAUGAGGGAUCCCGUCUCAGCUCUGUGGAGCGAUCGGGGUCUGUGCACCCUUGCAGUGGCACCCAACUACGAAACAACGUGCAGCCGUCUCACCCUUUCAUCCAGGAUCCCACGAUGCCCCCCAACCCGGCUCCCAGCCCCCUCAUCCAGCUGGAGGAGGUGCGCCGGCGGCUUGAGGAGGAGAAGAUAAAGUCCGGAACCUUACAACCCAAGCAAAGGUAUGUGAUGGAGGUGAUCCAGAGGGGUCGCACAGCAGUCAGGCCUCCACUGUUCCCUCCGCUCAGCAUGGUGCCCGCCGUCUCUGACAGCGAGCUUUCCGAGCUUGAGCAUAAAACCACUAAAAAGCUCCAGUGUGAGAACAUCACUGUGGCCUAUUACUUCUGUGAGGAGCUGAUACCGUACAGGACAUCAGUCAAAGGGAGGGUCGUCACACUGGGCCAGUUCAAAGAACUGCUGACAAAGAAAGGAAAUUACAGGUACUAUUUCAAGAAGGUAAGCGAUGAGUUUGACUGUGGGGUGGUGUUUGAAGAGAUCCGGGAAGAUGAAGCCAUCUUGCCUAUCUUUGAGGAGAAGAUCAUCGGGAAAGUGGAAAGAAUUGAUUAAAAAGUGAGCAUGUCGAAGUGGAAGGAGUCAAAAAAAAAAAAAAAGUCAGUGAAAGGAAGAAGGCAGAGGAGCGAUUUGCUGGUGAAGAGGAAGUGUAUGAGGGUGGAAACUGAAGAAGGUGAUACAGUAGGAAAGCGGAAAUGAAGAGCAGAGCAGUGGUCACAGCACAUGACUCGUGAUCUCUGAUGCUCGGUAGCACCGCUGCAGUGAUUUUUGAACUAGAAGGGGGAGGGGGGGGGAAGACCUCAUUCACUUCUGUGGAGCGUUAUGUAGCAUUGUAAAGUAAACUAGAUGAAUGAAGAAUAAAAGUGCUACUAAAGCUACAUAUUUUUGAUAUGAUGUAUCAGAGGGUGUCCUCUCUAAGUAACACCACCGUUUUUUAUGUAUUGGUACCUGAAGUGUACAGUUUGUGCUUAAAGUGACACAAUUUUAUAUCUAUUUAAAUAUUUAAAAAGCAGAUAACGAAUGCUUUUGAAGCAGGACUGUCCCCCCUGUCCAUGACGAUCAGAAUCCUUAUAGGGCUGAUUUUGUCUCUUUUUUUUUUUUUUUUUUAAUCAUUUGUCAGAGCCCUUUUAGACUCUAAUGUUUGUGCUAUUAUUUAUGUUUUUAAAAAUUAACUUUCCACUACUUAAUUUUGUGGCUAAAAGUCAGGCUGCACUGUCUUUGUAUUUAAUACCACUGACUGUGUCUCAUAGUAGGAUUCAACAUGAAAUAUGUAGAGCGACAAACACAGCUGACCAGAACAAGUGAAACGCCUGUACAGCCGACGGCGGCCCGCUUCAACAGCUUCAUGUCUUUUUUAGUAGAGCUUGAAAGGCAAACUUGACAGAGUUUUGGGUCAUUUUGAGGUUUAAACUUUGCUGGAGUUGCUCAAAAUCAACAUCAAAGACGGUCUUUAAAAUCAGCAACAAAAAAGAAAGUCAGUCUUUAAAAAAACGACUUUAUUCUUUUUCUUCUCUUCAGGUCUGACACUUUCUCAUCAUUGAUCAAACACAUGGUUCACAAAGCUGUUCUUCACUUUAGGACUGGUGUAAUGCUGUGCGUCGUACAGGUUGUUUCAUUUUUCUGGUCAUUUCUUGUGUAUUGUAUAUAAAUAUAGCCAAUGGCCAUAUUUAUGUACAGUGGCCCUUCACUGUAUUGGUUAAUGACUCCAGUUUAAAGUUUAAAAAAUGCCUUCUAAUAACAAAGUGGAAGCAUAAAAGUGUAAAAAGAAAUCGUUUUAAAUUGAAGGUGAAUAUCUAUGCAAAUUGGUCAACGAUGAUGUGAUGAACUAAUCAAAAUCAACUUUGUGCAUUUAUAUGGAUUUACUCUCUAAUGAGUAACUAAAAAGAGGCUGUGUGGGGAAAAUCAGGCUAUUAAGAGCCUGUUUGAGUAAAUGUCAGUUGUGUUUUUCAGAAAACAGGGCUUCUCUAAAUGUUUUACAAUUUUGAUAGUUAAGGUUAAUUGAAAAAUUAGUAAUUUGUCCAUUUUUGUAAAAGGUCGUUGCAAGUGAAAUAUGGAAAAAAACAACUAUUUGGGUGCCAUUUUGCCAAUUUUUCUUUGAAUUGUCUCCAGUCUGACACUAAAUGACAAAUGUUUUGAGUUCAUUUUCUCCGGUUCAUUUCUCCCUUGAGCAUUAGAGGUUUGUCAGCUUCAUGCUUGCAGUGCAGAGAGGCUCUUUAUCAGAGGUCAUAUCACAGCACUUGAAUGAGAAGGCCACCGAAUGUCGUCUGAAUACUACGUUAAGUCCAUUAUGCUUAUGCUAUGAAUGUCACAGAGGCAUUUUAAAACUUAUUGUAAAGUGCUAGACCUAAAGAGGAGGUCUCAGUGUUCACAUUAUCCAUGGGAGCUGGUGAGGGCUAACAGACACUGAAAUGUCGCACUUAUGCUUCCCUACAUUGGUUUUUUUAGCUUGCUUGAUUUCUGUAAUCCACGAUAUCUUUGAAACCACUCUUUAGUUGAUCAGUGAGUUAAGACUGCAUACAUUAAGCGUACCUGUCAACUGUAGCCUUCUCUAGCUUGUCACAGCUACAUCGUGUGCCUGGCAGGAAAUAAUUGUUUAGUGCGACUUGAAAUAGGUCACGUUACACCAAAGACAAAAAGUAUAUGUAAGGUCCUGGAGGCACGCUCUUAACUGACCCUGUCACAUUGAUGUCCCUCCUAUUUGAGUGGCUGCUCUUUAUUAUCUGGUGGCUUUUCUUUGUUCAAAACACUGAAGCUUUGGAAAAUGUUUUUAUUUUAUUUUCUUAUUGCAUUGAAGCAGUUUUCAGCUGAUUAGUAUUCCAGUCAGUCUGCCCUUUUAGGAAAAUGUGAAGGACUCUUUAGCACUGGACAAACUGAAAUGAAAAAAAAAAAAUCACUGCACAGUCAGCAGAAGAAGCUACAUGACAUUAAGGUUCAAGGCCACUGGUUUUUUUUUCUCUCCCCCUGUACCUCCUCUUUGUACAGGUGUCUGUAUUGAGGAACGUGCCACAAGAAAAGCCUUUUUUUGUUAAGGAACAAAAGGCAGUAUGAUAAUCGAACCUUGAAACCAGAGUGCUCUAUAGUAUAUGUCGUUGCAUAGGAACCAAGUGUAAGGAAUAUCUCCUUGUUUUGAAUGCUGUUUCUUGAUGCUGCCUUAUUUAGAUUCCUAACUUAAAUCAGUUUAAUAUAUGAAGUAUGUUGAGCUCCAGCGCGUAUAUUUAUGUUAAAUUAUAUUUUUUUAGUUCAUUAUCUAGUGAAAUACUUUGAGUUAUCGUUACUUUGUCAAUUUCUUUUGAAUUUAGAGUAUCAAAUCUGCUACGAUUCCUACUGUGAAAGCCCCCAAAGUAAACGUUAACUUAUUGAAAUCAAUGAAAUGUAUCAAAUCAACAUCAGAGUGCCUUUAUCACAAAGCUAAUGAUGUCUGUUUCACUUUCAGACUAUUAUGGGGGAAUAAUUACCAGGGAAUUUCUUCACUUAUUUCAUUUGUUUAGAUUUUUUAUUUUUAUUUUAUAUAUAUAGAUAUAUAUAUAUAUAUAUAUCUAUAUAUAUAUAUAAUUUGCAAAGUCCUUCUUGUUUUAAAUGUUUGUCACUAUUCCACCUUUUCUAUGUAAAUAUGUACAAGUUCACAUGUCAUCAGCCAGCAGCACAUUCAGUACCCUGGACCUGUUUCUGUUCUCUAACUAGCAUGGUUACCGUUUUAAGGUACCCGGACAAUAAAUACAUGCAAUAAACCAG